CAACUACUGGUAUAUAGGUCUAUACAGGUUUCGACUGCAUUAUUAUGGUAACUCUUUUAUUCUGAAGGAACAUGGAUUUUAAAUUGCAAGGGAAAACCGCCGCCAUCAUAGGCGUAGAGGGCAGACUAGGUAAAGAGGUGGCCGUUCACUUUGCAUCUCUUGGAUGUUCCCUUGCUUUAGUAGGAAAGAAUCAAUCGAAGCUUGAUGACAUUGCCAGAGACUGUAUCAGUAAAGGACUUAUUUCAAAACAGGUCUUGGCAGUCCGGUGUGAUCUAAAUCAAGAAUCUGAUUUUGAGAAUAUAUUUUCUAGGAUUUCUGGCCAGUUAGGACCAUUGCACGUAUUGGUUAACUGUGAAGGAGCAAUAUCGUACGGACGAUUGUCUGAGCUGACGCCCUCAGCGAUCAAUGAUGCCAUGCAAGUCAAUACACUAACAACUGCCAUGGCAACGAAAGCGGCAACAUCGUACUUGGAGCAUACUCGCGGUAAACAUUGCUUUCUAAAUUGAAGUGUGCCAGU